AUGGACGAUUGGGAGCUCGUCCGCUACGCGCUUGAGAGGCGCCAAUACCUUGUCGCCAUGUGGAUCACGCUGCACAAACCGCGCUUCAUUGCCUCCUUUGUCGCCUCGGCGAGGGUCAUGGGCUGGCCCGUAAUCGCGCUUGGCGUGGCCCUCGUCACCUUCACAGUCGUGAUAAUCGCGCGCAACGUAGUCCCGGUGCUCGCCACACCGGGCACUGUUUCUUACGGGCUCCUGCAGGCCCUUGUUGUACUGGUCUCCUUCAACAUCUACGUGAACUACUUCUGCGCGACAACCUUCUCGUGGCAAAUUGGCAAAGCCCCGGCAGAGUACGCGUAUCGGGACCCGCACGCUACCAACCCGGCCGAUGCUCCUCACGUCGACUCCAAUUCCUCGGAGGACAGUCAUGAGGACAGCGAGCAUGCAAAUGAUGGUGGCCAACGGAUCUCUCGUAAUGCGCAAGAGAUGAGCUUUGUUGCACCCCGUCUUCAGUUAGCACAGCACGCGUUUUCCUCUCCGCACAAAGGCGCGGAGGCGCCUGGAGGCACCUUUGACGUUACUCUCAACGCCUCCUCAUCGCCUCGAGUCCCUUUGCCGGCUGUUACAGGUGGGGCUGUGUCGUCGCGACCACCGCUCCCGGCGACCAACUUCGCCGGGAUCCGUGUUGUGCACGUCUAUAGAGGUUGUGAUAGCGCGGACAGAGAUGCUGCCGUCACAGUGCCGCUAAGCCAGCCAAACACCGCUGUAGUCCAUCGGAGAGGUGGCAUGGGAUCGCUGCUCUCUUGUCCCAUCAGCCUUACCCGGCGUGCAAGGGCUGUUUGUCCUGAGCGAGAGUGCCACUUGGGCUGCAUGCCGUAUCAUUCAAGGGUAGAGGCAUCUCUGGCCACUCUUCUCGAGCUCGAGACGCUUGCGGGAGUCGCUGAGCACUACCCGCCGCAGCUGCGAGCUGCUCGCGUGCUGGACGCGCCGCGGCGCUACUGUCACCACUGCCGCCGCCUGAAGGCGCCACGCGAGCACCACUGCGUCAUAUGCGACGAAUGUAUCGCAAAAAUGGACCACCAUUGCCCGUGGAUCAACAACUGCGUCGGCGCGGAGAACCAGCGCUACUUUCUGCUGCUUGUCUGGUGGCUCUGGGCAGGGACGCUGCUGGCCUCCACCUUCAUGGGGUACGGUUACAUACAUGAGCGCAGCAACGCCCGCAAGCUGAGGCAUCUGCGCAGGCAGUGGAGGACAUCACCGUACAAGGCCGCCGUGGAGGCGGAACUGCGUGCGCUGCGCAUGCCCUACGGCCCUGCUGGUGUGCUUCUCACAUCGUCCUUGGCGAUCCUUACCUUGGGCCUGACGGUUAUAAUUUUUCUCUGCAUGUCGCUCUUCCUGUACGUCAACCAGCGCCUGGUGCUGGAGAACACAACGGCGAUUGAGUGCAUCUACGUGGAUGAGAAGCGCAAACGCGUAUACCAGUCCACAGACUUUACGUACCGCAACCCGUACGACUUGGGGAAAUGGCUGAACUUUGUCGACCUCUUCUCCCCCGCGCGUGACCCCUUUGUGAGGAUGGAGCUGGAGGCGGAGGCGGAGACAGCUCGGAAGGCCACUGUCAGUCGCCCUGGCGGUUGGGCAAGCGACCGUGGGCCGAGAUGGAGGAGCACCGCAAGACAAUUGGUGCAGCGCCUGGCCGUUGUCGUGUGGCUCACCGGCUUUCCGACCUUCCGGCCAAUCUACGGAGAUGGGGUGCACUACCCCAUCUUCGACUCGCUUGCCUCUGGCGAGCCGCAUCCGCUACUGGCGGUGUAG